AUGCCAUCUGUGAAAGAAGGCCGAGUCACCAAAUCAAAAGCCAAGAGACCGCGAACCACAACCCGACGCGUCUCCAACAAAAUGCCACUGGUCGAACAGACCAACGCACUAUCCAUUGACGACUUCAUCGCUCAAUACGUGACUCCACAAACACAAGUGGGAGAUGCAGCCAAAAAGGAUGCAACUGAUCAACAAACUCCAUCCCAAGAUCAGCAACAGCAGGAUAUGACCCCCACACCACACGUGGACGUCUACUCCGCGGCAACAAUCUCCACCGCUGAUCUGGAAGCAUGUCUGGAUCUAAUCGAGCAAACCUCGAGCGAAGCCUACAGCGCGUCGCCCACAGGCUGGUCGCGUACCAAGAAGCGGAAAGAGAUGAAGUUGCCCGACAUGAAGUAUUUGAUUCUGCGGGAUACGCUGAACAAUUCCAGUGAUUCUAGCGGGCAAGUUCCUGGAGAGGAGCAGAGUGAUAUUAAUGACAACAAUCCUUCGUCUUCACCUCCCCAGGAAAGCGACGAGUCUAUUCCAUCGUCUGGCACCGGUUCUCCAAAUGUGCUCGGCUUUUUAUCAUUUAUGGUUACCUACGAGGAUGGAAAGGAGGUUCUUUACUGCUACGAGAUCCACUUGUCGCUGGCGGCUCGGGGACGGGGUGUCGGGAGAUUGCUUAUGGGCCAGAUGGAGGGAAUCGGUCGUGCUGUCGGCUUGGAGAAGACUAUGCUGACGGUUUUUAAGUCGAAUGAGAUUGCUCGGCGGUUCUAUGACCGGCUUGGGUAUGAGGUUGAUGAGUACUCGCCCCGACCGCGUAUGCUGCGCAAUGGAACUAUUAAAGAUGUGGACUACUUUAUCUUGUCGAAGGUGUUGAAAUUAUGA